AUGAGUUUGCGGAAUGGCAUGUGGCAUGGCUUGCGGAAUGACAUAAUUAUGCGGAAUUUAAUGUACGCAGAUCAUUUCCAAAGAAAUAAAUUAAACUGAAAAGAGCGCCCUUUUUUGGCGCCAAUCAAUUUGCAAACGCAGCCGCUGUUUUAAUGUUGCGGGCUUAACAUACGAUGACAGUCAAAAAACCACGAAGGCUCAUUGUCGACCAGCCUUGUGCGCACAGCCAAAAAGGUUCUUCGUCUAUUGAAGAAAAGAUGUUUUCGAAGGUCACGCUCCCUUCUACUUUAAUUAAUUUUUUUCUGCAAAAGAUGUUUGUACGCUUAACUUAACAGUUUCUUGUUACCUAUAUUUGUGUUUCUUGAUGAGACUGUGGGUUACGUGAUCGUGACAUAAUUGAUAAUAUUCACAGAUGAAUCGAAUCUUGUAUUUUGUUUCCUCAGUUGCGAGCUUGAGACGUGCGAAACAGAAAAAUCGACCAAAAUGUUAAUUUCGUGGCAAGAGUUGAAAAAUCAAGUUCUUUCAUUUUUGUUCAUAGAUAGCUUUUAGGUUUAUAAGAAACCUAACGUAGACUGUUCCCGCCGAAAGCCUUUUAUUCGUGAGAAAAAAUGGAAGAUCAGUUUUCGAUGUCGGAGUUCGUCUCAGACUGCAUUAAUCUUUAACCUGAAAUUCGCUAACAUCAACUUUCCUCGCGUUCGCAAACGAAGCUGGAUGGAGAAAUUUGGACACUUUCCACGAACAGAAAAAUUCCUUUCCUUCCACUAGAAGAUUUUUUCUGGACAAUAGGGAAGCUGGUCGUACUGAAAUAAUUUUAAAUUUUAAACAUGAGGGACAAAAUUUAAGUUCGUUACUCAUUUUCGACGGCAAUAUUUAACAUGUGGUAUAACUCCAAAUUCUCUUCUUGCUACUUAAAUCACACAUUUAGACAUUCAUUUAAAACAUACCUGGGAAGUGGCUUGGGUAAGUGAAGGAAAUCUUUGUAAGACACCAUCGAAGUUCAGGAAUUUUCAUGGUAGGCUGGCGGUAAUUGUCUGUAUUGUGUAAACACUUCCAAUUUCGAAACGCACAUAAGUAGAUAUUUACAGCCUAAAGGCUCGUUUUUCGUACGUCUUGUAGGUUUUUCCUUUGCAAAAUUGCUUUUUUCAAUCAAAGAAUGGGGUAUAAAGGUGAAACUGGGUUAAUUUUAGCCAUUUUGAAAAACUGAACUUUACCUGCCUGCGACUCUGCCUGACAGUCUGUUCCGUGACUGCACGUGGCACGACGUACGUUUGAAGAGACGGAGCUGUCAAAAUGACAGUCACGAAAUCAAGGUAGUAACGCAACGUAAUUCUUGAUCGAAGGAGUAACAUUUUCGGUGCCGACAGUAUUUUGAAGAAGCAAAAUUUUUAACAAUGGUAAUUCGCUAAGGAUAACGGAGAAAGAAGAUAUUUCGUCUUGUUACUUUACAAUCGAGGAGACUAAGUUAUUUUGGUCACGCCUCACUAUAUUUACCGGACUUCAAUGUUUUCGUUUGGAGGCUGCCUUAAGGAACCCUAGCCAAUUCUCAGGUAUGUUUUAGAUAAAUGUCUAAAUGCGUGAACCAGUAAAGCAGUUGCUCACUCAAAUUGGCGCCAAAAAAGGCGCGGCAAUGACGCGCUCAUUCCUUUCAGUUUAAUUUAUUUCUUUCCGCCAAUUUCCAUAUUUUACAUUCCGCAUAAUUAUGUCAUUCCGCAAGCCAUGCCACAUGCCAUUCCGCAAACUCAUUCCGCCUUUUACCCUCACCGAACCAGAAAGCCUUAAAGUAAUGAAGGCAUCGCUUGAUAGACACUUAAAGAACAAAGGCUGCACCCUGUCCAUUGUACGUGACCUAGAAUUUAGUUCGUCCAAAGAGGUGUUGGAGGAAAAAGCGAAACAGCUUCGCUUGGCUGGUCGUGGUAAGCGCCCAAACAAAGCUCGGCAAGUAUCAGAGGAGGAAGAAGAAAUUCUCUGGAAGAGCGGAAAACUCGAGGUAAUAACCCAGAAUCUUUAA